UCCAAGGAAUUGCAACGAGAAAAAUGAAGCUGCUAAUCUUCGCCUGUUUGCUUGGCUUGGCUUUGGGCCAUGAGGUGUAUUACUAUACCCCAACCUAUGGGUAUUAUCCUAGUACUUUUGCCAGGACCUCGGCUGUCCUGCCCUUGGCCUAUUCCCGUCUGAUUGCCCCGGCAGCCGCCGAAUCUCAUCUUUAUCAUAGUGUCCAGACCCCGAACUCCUUCCAGCAGCAAUAUCGCAGUGACUACAAGCCCCUGACCUAUGAGUAUCUGUACUAG